UAUCGAACAAGGAUCGAUGUAUCUGCCAGCUCUAUUUUGCACCGAAAAUAAUUGCAAUUUGAUAAAUAAACGCGACAAUUGCAAACAAUUUGGCCAGGAGCUGCCGAAGGCGUCGAUAGGAUUUGCCGCCGGGGAUUGCUAAUGCAACUAUGGUUGGGAAAAACUUCAAGGCUCUAGCGCACUUUCACCGCCUGACCGAAUACAUAGUACAGUGCAAGCACUGCGACAAAACACUGUCCUCCAAGCACACCUCUUCCAAUCUGACGCGCCAUUUGAUCCGGAAUCACAAGCUCUUGGCCCGCACCAUUUUCGCCGGCGAGGAGGGCAAGAUGCUGGCUGAGCUCAAGGACGAGCUGGAGGCCUCCGUCUCCGAGGAUCUCAGCAUGGAGCUCGCCGAGGGCGAGGGCGAGACCAAGUCGGCGGUGCGCGGCAUUAUGGGCGUGAAAAGGGAGCAGCAGGAGAUGGAGCGGCACAACCACGAGGUGGAGAUGCGCAACAAGGUGAUCGGGAAGAACAAUAAGCUGUGGGCGCACUUCAUCCGUAUCUCGGAGUUCAUGGCCAAGUGCAUGCAUUGCGGGAAAACGCUCUCCUCGAAGCACUCGUCCUCCAAUCUGAUGCGCCACAUUGUGCGGCGUCACAACAAUCUGGCCAAGACCCUCAACCACUCGCACCAGCACUUGAUGACGCCCAAAAAAGAGGUAUUCGGCAGCCUGGAACGACGGCAGGUCGCUGAUCCUCUGGAGAAAGUCAACUUUGACGAUGUGGACAGCAUCAUCGAAAAAGUGGCCGAUCACCUGGACGAAGAGGUCACUUCGAUUUCGCUGCAGGAACCUUUCUAUGAGUACGUGGUGGACAACUCCGACUCCGUGGUGGUGGACAGGUGCGAGGAGCCGGAGCCAGCGGACAUGCACAACAUGAUGCCGCCGGAUAGCGCCUCACUGGCGGAGACCACCACCCAGCUCGACGAGAAGCUCAAGGCGGAGACGAUAUACUACAACGAAAUGGCUGAGUUGGCCAGGGCCAAGCGACGGCUCAUCGAUCUGCAGACCAAGAAGCUUCUGCUCGACAUGAACGUGGUGGACAACUAGCCAACUGACGAUUAUUACUUCUUGUAUUUGUAGGAGGAUAAGAUGGGCAAUAUGAUUAUUUACUCUUAGGAACUAUUAUACUUUUAACGACA